AGAAUGUCCUCGCUUGACGAAAAAGAGCGCGCGGGCGCGCCACCUGGCACUUGCGACGCCCACUUUGACUCCGACUCCUCAUCGUCCUCUGCGGGUCAGGGACGAACGUCCACCGAUGUACGACAACGAGAUCAUGAAACGCUCACAGCAGAAGAAGAAGUCGAGCAGCUGUUAUCUGAGAAGUCGAGAGCUGCCACGGGCUUUUUCGGGAGGCUGUUUCAGCGCGCGGAUGCGCCGACCGAUGAUGUUAGGAAUCUCAAGAGAGUGCGCCGGAGGGGAAAGAAAAGGCGAAGACGUGAAAGGCAGGGAGAGGAAGAUCGAUUGAUUUACAAUGUCGAGGAGGGAGGCCCCACGAGUGAUGUGACGAGCAGCGCGAGCUCCAGUGAAGUGGAUAUGGGGAGCAAAUCUAUGGGCGGGAAGCGGAAGUAUGCUGCGGUCUUGCUGGUGCUGAACGCGGUCGUUGCGUUGAUAAUCGGCGGAUACUUUGCGUAUCGACGGCCUACACAUCGAAUCGCCGAGUCACCAGCGUCGACUUACACAGCGCCGACACUUUCCAACGGCACCCAUGACUUUGCGCCGACCACGAUCUUGAUCAGUCUGGACGGGUUUCGGGCGGACUUUGUGCAUCGUGGCAUUACACCUGCGUUGUCCCAGUUGAUCCUCCAGGGCAUAUCGCCAAAAUACAUGAUGCCUUCUUUUCCGAGCUUGACCUUUCCCAAUCACUUCACACUAGUCACUGGACUGCAUCCCGAGUCACACGGAAUCGUUGCCAAUACGUUCCGGGAUCCGAGUCUGGAGAAGUCAUUCUACUAUACCGAUCCUGCCCGAAGCAUGCAGGAAGAGUGGUGGAACGCCGAACCGCUAUGGGAGGCUGCGGAGCUUCAGGGCGUGCGUUCCGCCAUCCACAUGUGGCCUGGAAGCGAAGCGCCUAUUGGCAAGCUUCCUCCGACAUAUGUUGACAAAUUCAAUGGCAAGGAGUUGCUCGAUAAAAAAGUGGACCGCAUAUUGGGUCUGCUGGACAUUCCCGGCCCGAACGAUUCAAACGCAUCCGAGGAGACGCCUCGUCCACAGCUCAUUGCAGCGUAUGUCCCAAACGUAGAUGCCGAUGGACACCAAUACGGACCGAAUUCGACCUACAUCCGAAGCACAAUCGCAGAGGUUGAUGGCAUGGUGCACAAGCUGCUCAGCGGACUUGAUUCGAGAAACCUGACGGAGGUGGUGAACAUCAUCAUCGUUUCGGAUCAUGGCAUGGCGACGACGUCCAACAGUCGCAUGGUUCAGCUGGAAGACCUCGUUGAUCGAGCCCUGAUCGAGUAUACUGACGGCUGGCCACUGUACGGCUUGCGACCAUUCAACACCUCGGACGAAUAUCUUUACGAGCUGUACAAUGGACUUGUGCAAAAGUCACAGCUUGAACAGUAUCAGGACGCAUUUGAUGUCUACCUCCGCGACAAAAAUAUGCCUGAGCGCUACCACUUCGCGCAUAAUGACCGCAUUGCUCCCGUCUGGAUUGUUCCGCGAGCAGGAUGGGCGAUCGUCAGCAAAGACGAAUUUGACGUUCAGGCUGCGACUGCCAACAACGAGGUCUACCACCCUCGAGGUCUGCAUGGGUACGACAACGAGCAUCCCUUGAUGCGCGCCAUAUUCAUUGCCCGCGGUCCUGCGUUUUCCAACUCGGCCGGGAAUCUCGUUGCGCCGUUUCAGAAUACCGAGGUCUACGGGAUCGUUUGCGACUCGCUUGGCAUACGGACGAGGCCGAACAAUGGCACGAUUCGCUUGCCUUUCGAGGCUAUUGGGCAGCAUAGCGAGGCCGAUGUUGUGGAGUUCCCUCACGAUCCGGAUGAUCACAAGGACAACGCUCAGAUCUUGCCACCGGAUCUGCCAGGACUGGAGCUGCUUCCACCCGCUGAGACCAAUGGGUCGGGCGGUUCCGGUUCAGUGGAGGCACCUGCUCAUGUGGCGUCUGAGAGUCACAUCGCCGAGCCGGCUCCUGAGAUACCGGUACCCAGACCGGAAAUAGAGAAGCCAAAGAAGGACAGCAGUUCGUGGCUGGAUUGGGUUAAUGAGAAGGUGGAUCAGGUGAAGCACUGGGCUACGGACGUGUUUGGCACGCACAAGACAGUUGAAGAAGAUGCGUGA